CGUCGGAGGCGUCGGAGGCGUCGGAGGCGUCGGAGGCGUUGGCCGCGUUGGCCGAUGCGAAGCUGUGCGUUGGUGCUGGGCCCCUGUCUGCUGGGGGCCGCGCUGCAUCUGUGGCUGCGGCUCCGCCCCGCGCCCGCAGGUCAGCCGGCCGAGCCGCGGCAGGGGGAGGCCGGCCACGUGGACGUCGUGGUGGGCGUGCUGUCCGCCCGGCACCACCACGACCUGCGCGCCGUCAUCAGGGCCACCUGGCUGAACCACCUGAAGCGCCAUCCGGCCUUAAGCCAGCGUAAGCGCUUAACGGACACCGUGAGAACAAAAAGACGGCGGUUAAUAGUUAAUCAAUCUCUCAGCGUGCUCGUGAAGUUCAUCAUAGGGGCGCGGGGCUGUGGGGUGCCUGUGGAAGACCGAGAGGAUCCUUACUCCUGCCGACUGCUGAACAUCACCAACCCAGUUCUGAAUCAGGAAAUCGAGGCGUUCGGCCUCCCCGAAGAAACCCCGGCUGAGGACCGGGAGGACCGCGUGGUGAGCGUCAGCUUCCGCGUCCUCUACCCCAUCGUCAUCACCAGCCUGGGGGUGUUCUACGACGCCGGGGAGGCCGGAUUCCAGAGGAAUAUCACCGUCAGGCUCUACCAGGCCGAACAGGAGGAGGCUCUGCUCAGUGCCCGCUUCAGCCCCCCCAGCUGCGGCGUCCAGGUGAACCGGCUGUGGUACAAGCCCGUGGAGCAGUUCAUCUUGCCCGAGAGUUUUGAAGGCGUAAUCGUGUGGGAGAGCCAGGAUCUUCACGGCCUCGUGUCUAAAAACCUUCACACAGUGACCGUGAACGAUGGGGGCGGCGUGCUCAGGGUCAACACGGCCGGGGAGGGGUCGCUGCCGCACGAAUUCCUGGAAGGCGUGGAGGGAGUAGCGGGCGGUUUCAUCUACACCAUUCAGGACGGGGACGCCCUCCUGCGGAACCUCCACACGCGGCCGGAGAGGUUCCUCCGCCACGUCGCCGGGCUGCGGGAGGAGGACGCCCUGUUGAGGGCGGAGAGCGCCGCGUACGACGACAUCGUGUUCGUGGACAUCGUGGACACCUACAGAAACGUGCCCGCGAAGCUGCUCAACUUCUACAGGUGGACCGUUCGGACGGCCAGCUUCGACCUGCUCCUGAAGACGGACGACGACUGCUAUGUAGACUUAGAGGCCGCGUUCAACAGGAUCGCCCGCAAGGAUCUGCGACGGCCAAAUCUCUGGUGGGGAAAUUUCAGACUGAACUGGGCGGUUGACCGGACCGGCAAGUGGCAAGAACUCGAAUAUCCCAGUCCCGCGUACCCGGCCUUCGCCUGCGGCUCCGGCUACGUGAUCUCCAGAGACAUCGUCCAGUGGCUGGCCGGCAACGCCGAGAGGCUGAAGACCUACCAGGGGGAGGACGUGAGCAUGGGCAUCUGGAUGGCGGCCCUGGGCCCGAAGAGAUUCCAGGACAGCCUGUGGCUCUGUGAGAAGACCUGCGAACCGGGCAUGCUGUCUUCCCCUCAGUACAGCCCCCGGGAACUGGCCGAGCUCUGGAGGCUCAAGGAGUCGUGCGGAGACCCCUGUAGGUGCGGGGCCGGGUGACCCCCGCCGCCGGCCGGGCCGGCGGGCCGGUCGGGAGUUCCCCGUUCCCAGGUCGAGGCCGCCGCGGGGGCGUCUGGCCCCUCUCCGGCUCGGCGCCGGUUGGCGGACGCCGGCCGGUUUCUCCUCCGCCGAAACCUCAACGGACCGCUCGCGCGCGGCGACGGCAGGCGGAGUCGAGGGCCACGGGGGCGUCUGGGUCACUUGGGUCGGCGCCACGGAAACCCACUCGACCUAAGUGCCUGCCCCCGGGCCCCCGCGGCGGGCCCCCACCUCGGUUUCACUCCAAGUGCUUCUGCGUCCGCGGGCCGAGUUAAGUGAGGUCUAGCCCGAGGUGAGGUUGGAAGCGGGGGACGGCCCUGAAAAGGGCAGAGGGCCACCCGUGCGGCCCACGGCGGGGAGAGCCAGGUCGGGGCCCGUCGGGGCGGGGGGAAGAGCCGGGCCCGGUCCGGGCUCCGUCGAGCGGCACGGCCGCGCCGCGAACCGGGCUCCGGGGCCUCGGCCCACCCGACGCCGACCCGCCCGGGCGCGCGCCGGGCCCCCGGCCCCGUGAGGGAGAGAGGCCGCGCCACGGAGCUCGGCGGGUGGCGAGCUUUUAUUAAAGCAUCGACCCGAGCCGCUCCGUCCCCCCGUCCCCGGGCCGCGAGACUCCCGCGCGUCGCCGCCGAGGCUCCGGGCGGCGAGCGGGUGCGGCCGGGCGGCCGUCGACGGGCCGGCUACCACCGCGCGAGUAAACAGUCUCCGUUUUCUACCGAGUAGAACUGUAAGGGCUGCUGGUCGCUUUCUAGUCGGAUUUCUCUGCCUUCCAUCUGGACCGGGGAGAGAGACGGAGGCGGACGCUUAACGCACGCGGUCGCCGUGGCGGGUAGAGCCCGACCCCUCCCCUGCCAACCCGGGUGUCGAGGAGAGGCGGGGGGGCGGUCGGCGCCCGGCGCGCCGACCCUCCCGGCCCGACCCAACCCCCCGGGGGUCGGAAACCCGACGCGGAUCCUCCACCCACCUUGGGGCUCUCGUAAGAGAGUCUCAGUUCCGACCCGGGGACUCUGAAGAGGCGAGACAGCAGGCCUUUCACUUUCUGAACGGUCAUGGAAUCUGCGAGGCGGGAGGGAAAAGCUUUUGGUCUCACAUUGCGGUCGGGGGCGGCAGGUGCUCCUGUCGGAGGUAUUUUUUUUUUUUUCAGCGAAAACCUUCUUAAAGCAUCGCCACCG